AAAAGACCAAACAAUUCGAAGAUAAAGAUAUUUCGAACCCCGCCGCAGCAGCGGUUCUUGAAAGAGGGAGAGAGAGGGGGAGAGAAUGGCGACGACGAUAGCGGUGGCGACAAGGCCUCUCUCUUCUCUCGGCGUCGAGCCUCGAGGGGGCAAUAAAUUUCGCCGCCGGUUCCAUGCAUUCGAAGCCAUGCGGCGGAAAUCCCGGCCGAGGGUACGAUUCUCGCUCCCUUCCCUUUCUUGCCCUCCCAGAGCCCUCCACGACGCCCGCGACGCCCGCGACGCCCAGGCGGAGGCUGCAGAGACGGAAAAUUCGCCGUCGGCGACGCCGGAGGGGGAUGACGACUCUUCCUACUCGGUCCUCACUUGUAUGACGAGCCAGCACAACAAUAUUGUGGUUGUGGACACUCCCAAAUCGAGGUUUCUUCUUCUCGACUCCUCGCAUAAUAUCCAUAGCAUGCUUAGCAAGGAUCAAAUAUGGACUGGGUCAUAUUGGGAUGAGUUUGCAAGCCUUCCUGCUAUUGUUCCACAAGGUCCUAUAGCAAUCCUAGGUUUGGGAGGUGGCACAGCAGCACACUUGUUGCUUAAGUUAUGGCCUACAUUGCAUGUUGAAGGUUGGGAGAUUGAUGAGAUACUGAUCGACAUGGCAAGGGAGUAUUUUGGUCUAUCUGAACUGGAGAAGUCAACACAAGCUGGUGGUUCACUUUCUGUUCACAUUGGUGAUGCGCUUUCUGAAUCUGCUACAGUUCAAGGAGGGUUUGCAGGCAUUAUUGUGGAUUUGUUUUCUGAUGGAAAGAUUUUACCACAAUUAAAAGAGGUUGAAACUUGGUUGGAAAUUGAAAGAAAGCUGAUGCCCCAUGGUCGAAUUAUGGUGAAUUGCGGUGGGGCACAUUCUGAAGUAUCUGGCAGUGGAGAUAAAACAGUAGAAAUGAUUUUAUCGACUGAUUCCUGGGUGCAAAAUUCUACAAUUAAGGCACUAUGCAAGGCAUUUCCAGGAAAGCUAAGCUGGAAGAGAAUGGCAGAAAAAGAUAGUAAUAAUUAUCUUGCACUCACAGGCCCGCUACCAGACCUGGAUGCUUGGUCAGCUGCCCUGCCGAGCCCAUUGAGCUUGAAUGUUAGACAGUGGAGACCUUGCGAACUUGCUUGCUGAUAAUUUUCCAGCAUAAAAGGUCCCAUCCUCAGCUUAACAAUCUUCUUCACUUCAGAGGUGUGCUAUUUCCUAGAUCUUUCUGCAGUGAACUCCAGCCAUCUCGACAUGUUCAGAACACAUAUGGCCUUCAGUUGGUAGGCUGCAUGCCAGAGUCAUUUUGCUUUCUCCAUGCAGAUUUUCAUGUUGGCUGAUAUAAACCGAUUUAUCCUGAGAUAUCAGCUGAUAUGAUAUCAAUAUCUCAGCCGAGAAUUUUUAUUGUUCUUUUGUUACUUUAAAAUGUAUAUUUUCAUUGAUAAAAUACUAAAAUUAGUGUCUUAAAAACAUUGGUGAAACCCAGAUUUAUUAUAUCGGCCAAGAGUUUGAUAUCUCGGUUCUGAUAUAUGGGCCAAGGUUUUGGAAUACCACUUGCUUACAGAUUUUUCCUUCCAUCUCGGUGGAGGUAAACUGAGAUAUCAGUUCAUCUCAGUACGGUCACUUGCCAAAAUGACUAUGUCCCUUCUUAUAAAACCUUGCCUUACAGGGGAAGAUUGUACUUUCUUAGCCAAGAACAAAAGAUAUUUCAGAUCUUACUAUUCUUUUUUGCA